UCCGAUUGGCCGGCUGUGUCUGUGCUGCAGUGUCGAGCUUCGAGCUUGCCGCGACAAUUUGACAACGCCGACGACAUCGACGAGACGCCCACAGCAACGAUCCACGGGCUGCACCAUACACUCACUCGAAAUGGCCUCUAAAUACGGAUUCGCAAAGGGCCUCAAGGAAUUGAGGUUCCUGUUCUGCCAGACGAGCGAGCAAAGCGCUGCCACGAGGAACUUCCUCACCAAAUCCUACCCCACGAUGAAGAAGCACAACCCGCACACUCCCAUCAUGAUCCGGGAAGCGAGCGGCACCGAGCCCAAGGUCUUUGCGAGAUACGACUUCGGAAAAGAGAAGGUGAUCCCAUUGAAGGGCUUGGACGACAAGACAAUUGAGCAGCAGGUUACUGAAUUGGUCAAGUCUACGAUAUGAGUUGAUCCGAAUCUUGGGAGAUAUCUACGAACCGCGGCAGCGCCGAUGUCGAAAAGCGAAGCAUCGACGCACGCAAUGUAUAUGUGUACAAUGAUGAGAAGCAGCAAUACCAUUCACCCAGCUCGAAUCAUCACCCAUACUCUUCAUCAUCUUGCACAGGCCAGAAUUCUUUGUCUUCGCUGAGUAUACUUAGAAACCCAGCACAAUGAUCGAUACUCUAUCUAUCAACGAAAUACUCUGCUUUGCGGUAACGAUCAAUGACAUUGUUUAAUUUGCUUGCCUGUUUAUAUGUUUUCCUCCGGCCUUUGUCAAAAGAUGUGACAGACAAACCCCCUACUAAUAUAUCUUCAUUGCAACUUACUGACAACACGGAUGGGUCGCGAUGUUUGAAUUUCUUGCUAGCCGGAAGGCAAGUACUACUGAUCAGCAACACUCGAUACAGCAUAACGCGACGCCACAAGUAGAUGCAAAACCACUUCCAGCUUCAAGAUCACCCCCGACAUCCGAUAAAACAAUACGAAAUGCCACAAUACGGAACGCCCCGGGCCAGUCCCCAGCCCAGUCCCCGAAAAGUGCGGCGGGUUCAGCUCCUUCUUCGCCUACCUCUACGAGGUCGUCUGUGAAGAGAGUCAUACGUCGCCUGGCUUCACCUUCAGCCUCUAUAGGGGUAAGGAACAUCGAAGAUGUCCAGAUGGAAGCCGAUUUUAACAAGAGCAUGGUCGGUGAAAUGCAGCACGAACUUGACGAGCUGGAAAAGAAAUUCCGAUCUACUCAAGAGCAUCUCGGCCGGUCUGAGACUGACGGAAAGGACAAGGAACAAACCAUUCGAAAAUUACAAUCAACCGU